GAAUCAGGAUUCAGGAUGGAGGACAUAGUGGACAUGCCCCUGAUCUGCUCGCCGUACGGUGAUCCCUCCACCACACACAUCGACCCACACCCGCCGCCUCCACAGCCGAUCCCUUCAACCCCUUCUUCCUCCUCCUGCGUCUCUCCUCCUUCAUUCCUCCAAACCCUAGCGCAAGCCCUAAUGUCCACAGCCGCCCAGCCCCCGAUCUCCGUCUCCGGAGACUCCUCGCCGUCCUCACCUACCACCUCCGGCUCAUCCUCCCGCUCCUCCUCCGCCGCCGCCGCAGGCUCCGAGGACCCUGCUCUCCUCGGCCAAGCCACCUCGACUUCCGCCGGUGAUGACGCCGCCGUCCCCACCUCGCCGCGAAUGGGCAUGUACUUCGAGACGGAGGAGGACGCGUACGAGUUCUACAAGGCCUACGCCGCCCGCCUUGGCUUCGUCGUCCGCAAGUCCAACAAGUCCAAGAACUCCCGGCACACAGUCACCCGCCGUCUCUUCGUUUGCUCCAAGCAGGGCUUCCGUCAAGAACCCAAGAAGCCCCAAGACGAGACAAACUCCGCCCUCGUCGCUGCGGCUGCCUCGCCACCGCCUCCUAGGUGCCCGGACUCACGCACCGGCUGCAUGGCAUCCCUCACCAUCAAACUCAUCCCUUCCGCCAAUGCCUUCCGUGUCACCGACUUUGUCAUCGAGCACAACCACCCGCUUGCCUCCGCAGCGCCGGCGCUUUCGCUGGCCAUGAUUCCAUCGAGCUCGUCCCACCACACCAUAGCUGCCGCCGCAAGCUUGCCGGACCCAAGGGAUGGGCCACGAACGGACAUGCACUUUGAGACGGAAGACGAUGCCUAUGUCUUCUACAACCGCUAUGCUGAGCACGUUGGCUUCAGCGUCCGCCGCUCAUACAAGAAGCGCAAGCGUGGGGUAAUCGUGUCUCGGAUCUUUGUUUGUUCCCGUGAGGGCGUGAGUGACCGUGCCAAGCACGAGGGUCUAGCCAUUGCCAGCACCAAUACUGGCACAGGGGCAGCAGGCACACCUAGGCCAGGCCCACCACCAACGCGGACAGGUUGCCAAGCAAGAAUGGUGAUCAAGAUUACCCCAUGCCGGACAUACCGUGUUGCAAAGUUCUUUGCAGACCAUAACCACCCACUCGCUAACUCAGAGACCGUGCACAAGCUGCGGUCACAUAAGAUGAAGGCUCGAGCGCACGAACUUGGAACAGGGGAACAUCACCGAAAGAAGCAGGGGAAGGGUGUGCAGCUUGGGGAUGCUGGUGCUGCAUUGGAAUACUUGGAGAGGUUGCAGGUGGGGAACCCUUCAGUGUAUUAUGCAGUAGGAAUGGGGCCUGAUGGGCAUUCAGCUACAAAUUUCUUCUGGGCUGAUGCAAAGUCCAUCAUCGACUUCAGAAGCUUUGGUGACGUUGUUUGCUUUGAUACAACAUAUGAGCUGAAUGUGUAUGGGCGUCCAUUUGCAUUGUUUGUCGGUGUGGACAACCACAAGCAGUUGCUUGUGUUUGGUGCAGCUUUGCUCUAUGAUGAUAGCAUUCAGUCACUGAAAUGGGUAUUUCAGGCAUUUGCUGAUGCCAUGCGUGCUAGACAGCCAAAGACUAUUUUGAUUGAUGAGCGGUCUGCAUGUGCCAUUGCAGCAGCAGAGGUUUGGCCUGGGAGUAACUAUUGCACAAGUGUGUGGCAUAUUUACCAUAAUUCAAAGAGGCACCUGAAGCAGGUGUUUGAAAACUCGAAGAGUUUUGGCAAUGCUUUGAGCCAGUGUCUCUUUGACUGUGAGGAUGAGAUGGAGUUCUUGUCAGCAUGGGAAAAGCUGGUCGAGAAACAUGAAAUCAGCGAGGGUGAGUGGCUCAGUAGACUUUUCCUAGAGAAAGAAAAGUGGGCUUUGCCUUAUAGGAGAACUAUGUUCUCUGCUGAUAUUAUCACUACUCUUAGGAAGGAUAAUAUGAUUAAUGAGCUGAAACGGGAACUCAGUGAGCAAGAGGAUAUUCUGCAGUUCUUCAAGCGUUAUGAGACCAUGCUGGAAGAGCAUCGAUCAAAGAAAUUGCAGGCUGAUGUUGAUGGAAACCAGGUGACUUUGCCGAUCCCAUCCUUACGAAUGUUAAAACAAGCCUCAAAUGCAUAUACACCUGAAGCUUUCAAGAUGUUCCAGGGUGAGUUUGAGGCUUACAUGAAUUGCAUGUCCUUCCCCUGCAGUGGAAUUGGUACAAUCUCAGAGCACAAAGUAACACUUGAUGAGAAGCCAUCAGAGGGCAUCGUGAAAUUUGAUGCACUAGAUGGCUCGGCCACUUGCAGCUGCAGGAAGUUUGAAUCUGUUGGAAUCCAGUGUUGUCAUGUACUAAAGGUACUUGAUCUCAAGAAUAUCAAGGAGCUCCCAGAACAAUACAUUUUGAAGAGAUGGAGGAAAGAUGCGCGUUCUGUUAGAAUGGGGGAAGAACCUAACUAUGGAUCUGUCAGUAGCAUGCGUUCAUCCUCAGAAGUUCGCUUCGGUAACAUGUGCCGGUUCGUUAGCCUAAUAGCUUCAAGGGCUGCCAAAUCUGAGGAGGCAGUGGCAUACAUUGGAAGUCAAUCUAGUGUUCUUCUGAAGCAGCUAGAUGAUAUUCUUCAAACAGGCUAUCCUGAGAUUGGAAAUCGUGAUGUUGCUUCAAGUAGUCAAGCAAUUUCUUUUGUAGGAAACCAACAUCCUGACCACACAACACAAGCAAGAGCAGUUGCACAAGCAAAUGGACUGACAUCCUUGUUGGGAAUUUCUGCUUGUCCUGAACCCAAUGGUCAAUUGAAUGGAUCAGUCGGUUCUUUGUAAAUUAUAUUCAAAUAUAGGUUGACGUAUGAUUAUGUACAGCACUUAUACCAGUUGAAUAGUUGAUGCAAGUGGACCUUGAAGGCCUUGCCGUUUCCAACUUUCGCAAGAGUGGUGCUAAAUAUAAUCAAUUAUCACGAGCCUUGUCUGAAUUGAUUGCAUUAUUCCAUUUGUUGUGGUGAUUGCUCAAUUACUCAAUAGUCUGUUUCGAGCAAAUAAGCAGUUGAGCACCGGUGUCAGGCAGUGGGAGAAGAGCUAUUAAAUUGCUCAUGCAAACUUAUUUAUUAUUCCAUGCAAAGAGUUUAUUGAUAGAUAGAUAUCCUAUGCAGGCAGGCACAACCAUGACAAAUUACAAAAACUACUUUGAAGAACUGCAGGAGUAUAUACAUAAACAGAGAACAUGGGAAAAUUAAAUAUGACCUCUAUAUUUCUGGUGUAUCUAUGUUCUUUAUAGCUAGUGCAGCUGCAUUUGGACCCCAGAAUCAUAUAUGGCCCCUGCCGUCCAGUUCUGUGGUAUUGUGUUUGUCGGAGCUAGCCAUUUCUGGUCACCAACACGGGGAGCUCCACUGCUAAACAGCAUCCGUAUGUACAGAGGGCCAGUUGGUGGGGAGACCGUAGCCCAUACUGCACCAUGAGUUCGGCUCAGAAGCUGGCAUUUCAGGGUCACAGUCUGCAUCCAGCCAUUAACAGAAUUGGGGUAAUAUGAUGCUUUGGACAAGGUGAACUCUGCAUCUGCCAUAACCCCAGAGACAAAAACUAAGAGAGAAAACAAGGCCGGGAGAUGAUAAUGAAGCGGAAAAGCCAUUUGUGGUAGUGGUAUGAAGAUGUAGCAAGAAGCUUUAGGAAUGCUCCAUGUAACAGGAGAAGAUGGGAUCGUGUAUUUAUAGUGUUGAGAAGGUUGGUGAUGAGUUAAGAGCUGGAAACCUUUGGUUUUGGAUGGAUAUGGCAAUCGCAAUGCCGUAGUUGACAUUUCCUCUCUGGUGUAUGUGUACCUACAAGUUACUGUUCGUUCAAUAGUAUUUUGACCUUU